UCUCUCUCUCUCUCUCUCUCUCGUACACAUAAGACUGUCAUUCCCGUGCACUAUCCUCAAGCCGUACCUUCAUCAACAACUGAACGUAUCCUACCUCACUCUCUUGCCUACAUUAUUCUCUCUAAUCACUCUCUUUUUCUGCUGCUAUUUUUAGCGCUAUAUGCAGUCUCCGUCUUCUCUCUUUAGUUUACAACUCUUGAAGAAAACCCACUAAUGUCUUUUCCUUGGUUCACUGUAAAAAUAAACUCUUCCCUUAUUUAGGCUUUAGUUUGGGGUUUACUCUGAAAUGGGUUUGCUCGAAGUUCCAUGGGUGGUCUUAUUUUGCUGGGGUUUCUCCCUUUUAUGUAAUAGAGUUCACUGUGAUAAUUCAGUGGUCGCUGUGAAGUUCAUGAAGACUCCACGUGCUUUCUCACAUUUGAACUCAGCCACAUUUGAGUUUCAAGUUCUUUUGGGUGAGAAUAGGAACAGUUGCACAAACUGCAGCCUUUCUUGUAAGCUGGAUUAUGGGAGUGCAUCAGAUUGCGGGGCUAGGAAGAUUUUCUAUACAGGAUUGCAGGAUGGAAAUCAUACAUUUGAGGUCUGCACCAAUGGGUCUCAAGGAGUUGGCUGUGCUAGCUAUAACUGGACUGUUGAUACAAUACCUCCCACAGCUUAUGUAACUGCAUCGGCACCUAUUACAAAUGCUCUUAAUGUUUCGGUAGAUAUUUUGUUCACUGAACCCUGUACUGGCGAUGGAGGUUUCAGAUGCUCGUCUGUAAAUGCCUGUAACCUGCUGGUCUAUGGCGCUGGCCAUGUUAUACCGUCUUCCCUCAUCAUUCUGCAGCCAAACCUUAAGUACUCCCUUCUUGUAGGUUUAUCAUCCACUGUUGUGUAUGGGCGAGUGAUAUUAGUAAUGGACAAAAAUUUUUGUACUGAUGCUGCGGGAAACAGAUUUACAAGGACAAUGAAUUCGAGUUUCUCUGUGCAUUUUGAUAGAAGAAAUGUGUAUGUUAACUUGAGGACGCACAUUCCUGAAAAGCUACUUCAACUUAACCAUGAAAUUAGAACAGUGCAGGCAACUAAUGAUUAUGAUAACCUAAAGGUGUAUUUGUACUUCUCAAGACCUGUUUUGAAUUCAUCCGUAGAGAUUCUGAAUUCUCUCAGCACAAGUCAGGGUGCAUUUCUUCCAAUCCAUGGGGAAGACCUUAGGAAACGCAGAUUUGGCUUUCAGGUUUCAAAUAUAUCUAGCAUUGCGGUAGUUACAAUAAGGCUUGACGCAAGUUCUAUAGUAAGCAGACAAGGGACCCCGGUUUCCCCAAUUGCGCCAGUUACUUUUCUUUUUGAUUCUGAUAGGCCCGCUGUCAGAUUGAGUACAACAUCUAGCUCAAGGACAAAAGAACAUAGUAUUCCAAUAUGGAUCAAGUUCAUGAAACCUGUAUUUGGCUUCAAUUCCUCUUUCAUAUCAAUCUCUGGAGGACAACUACUGAGCUUUAGUGAGAUAAGCAGAAGCACAUAUAUUGUGGAGAUACAACACGUUGAUGACAUUUUAUCUGUCAAGGUUCCUGAAAAUGUAAUUGUGGAUGUUGCUGGAAACAAAAAUCUCGCAUCUAAUGUUCUCAAAGUGAGGCACUAUUCUGUACCUAUUAUAUCUUCCGUCAUUUCUACAUUUGCAACUGCUUCUUUUGUGGCUACAUCUUUUACUGCUGGGCUACUGACAAUUUCAACUGCGAGCCUUCAAUCUGUGGGAGCGUUUUCAAGAUCAUCUUGUCCUUUGACAUCUGAUCCUGCAAGAAUACUAUUUCGGAGCGCUUGCCACAUUCAGGUUUUUGCUUUAUCCAGAUGGUUGGCAGUCACUUUGCCAAUUGAUUAUUAUGAAUUUGUAAGAGGUUUGGAGUGGAGUAUACCUUACUUUAGUCUACCAUGGGAAUCUGAGAAUACUCUUCCAGUCAUGAUAGGCUCAAGUUCUUCAGGUUUUCAUUCCUCUGUUUCAAAGGUACAAGAUUUAGGAACUCUAGAAGACAAGAAUUUGCGUACAGAUGCUUCAGUGUAUGGAUCGCCGCUUACUCCUAUGGAUUAUAGAUCUUUUUUUGAGAGCCAAAACUUUAAACCAGAAGCAGAGUACAUUUUGGGUCUGGAGCAUUCAAAUGGGUGGAGGUAUUUCAGAAGAAGCAUGUUCUGGCUAGCUGUAAUUAGUGGCUGUUUGAUGCUCCUUCACGCUCUACUCCUUUUAAUUCUGAAAUUCAAAAGGAAAACAUCUGAAAAGCAGAGAGGUUAUGGAGCACUCACAUUCCCAAGAUUUGAGAUAUUUCUCAUAGUUCUUUCACUUCCUUGUACUUGUAUGGUCUCCACUGCUAUAAUUCAAGGAGGAACACCGUUGGGGUUCAUUGUCGGGAUUCUACUGUUGGGUACUGUAUUCUUGUUAUCGCUGGCCUUGCUUUUGUUCCUCUCCUUUGGUAUUACACUUGGGAAGCUUCUCCAAUACAAGGAACUGCAUCAGGAGGGAGAGAUAUUUCACUGGUAUCAAGAAAUUGUCCGAAUAAUUUUGGGUCCUGGUAAAAGAGGGCAGUGGACAUGGAAAAACCAAACCAACUCUGUUUAUCUAACUAUGUUAGGCCCCCUGUUUGAAGAUUUAAGAGGCCCUCCUAAGUACAUGCUCACACAGAUUUCUAGUGGAAAUUCCAGAAACCGAGGUGAUCGUAUCAUUGCCUCUGAUGAUGAAAACGAAGAUUCAGAAGCGCCUUUUAUUCAGAAGCUAUUUGGAAUACUUAGAAUAUACUACACACUGCUUGAGCUGGUGAAACGAGUUUCUCUGGGUAUUGUGGCUGGUGCCUUCCUAAAUAGGUCUUCUAAAGUGCCAACACUUGCCUUAUUAUGCAUUUCCUCUUUUCAGCUCUUCUUUCUUCUUCUCAAGAAGCCUUUUAUCAAGAAAAAAGUUCAAAUGGUUGAGAUUAUAUCGGUUUCAUGUGAAGUAGGUUUAUUUGCUACUUGUUUUGUUCUCCUGGAGAAGGAGGUUUCAGGCCAAGAUGAGACCAGAGUUGGAAUGUUUAUGAUUAUACUCUUCCUACUCGGAUUUUUUUCACAAAUGAUAAAUGAAUGGUAUGCUUUGUAUAGGCAGACAGUGCAGUUGGAUCCUGCUCAGAAGUCUUUUUUGGCUGGCUUGAAACUGUCUUCAAUUGGGUUUCUCCUGUUUUUCAUUCCACAAAAACUGAUAGGAUGCCUUGAAAGAAAAGUUCCAGUGAAUAUGGAUGGAGAAGCUUCAAAUACCAGUCCUCCUGCUGACAGGUGCAGAAGUUCUGGGAGUAGGAGUUCCGGGUCGACUGAUAAACCAUGGAUGAAGCAACUGAGAGAACUGGCAAAGGCGGGUUUUUCUAAAGAUGGGAAUGGAAAUCCGAGUGAUCCUUCGAGCAGUCGUGCUAGAUGGAGUGGGAUCUGGUCUGCAAAAAGGAGUGGGAGCUCAUCUGUAAAAACUUCUUCAGAUUUCAAGCCAAAAUCCAAGGCCUUAGACAGAGAUUUGGAAGCCAUUUUUGCAUCCAAGUGAGAUGACACCAUUUUAGGACAAUAAACUAUUUCACUUAUUGAUGGUUAUAAAGCUGCUAUACAUUUUGGGACAAAAUUACUACUCUUACGACAAGUUUUAAGAUCUUACUUUAGUUCUUGUGGCUGGUAGAUGUCAGCACAACUUGUACUCUUGAACACCUGUCUGGUAUUAUUCUAUACAAAAGCAGUUUCUUGUA